GCAACUUCACAAGGAGGGGCUCACACCUCGUUGCCAACAUCCUCUCUGUCACCACCUUGUGUUUCUGAUUUGGUCUGGCCUGUAUCAUCUCUGGCCUUUAUGUUCCAUCCCUGUAAGGGCUGACUUUAGUGUCACCCACCAUAUUUCUUCUAAAGAAUGGUGAAGAGGGUGUCUGUGUGGGGUGCUGUGUUGCUAGUGCUGGUCGCGGCAGCCCUGUCUGAGGCAGCAAGGGGUGGUGGGGGAGGAAGGGGAGGGGGCAAGGGAGCGAGAGGUGGUCGCAGAGGCCAAUAUGGAUCCAGGAUGCCAAUCCUUAUCCAACAUCGCAACCCUGCUAGUGCCAACUAUUAUGAUCACAAAGAUGGAGCCAGAAUCGUUAAGUCUAGUCACUUUGAGCUGGACUAUAUGUUGGGCCGCAAGAUUACAUUCUUCUGUAUGGCUCAAGGCCUACCUCGUCCUCACAUCACUUGGUUCAAGGAUGGCAUUGAGCUUUAUGCUCACAAGUUCUUCCAGGUACAUGAAUGGCCGAUGGGCAAUGACACAAUGAAGUCCAAGAUGGAAAUUGACCCAACCACACAAAAGGAUGCUGGAUAUUACGAGUGUCAGGCUGAUAACCAAUACGCCAUCGACAGAAGAGGCUUCCGCACGGAUUACGUCAUUUAUACUUACUGAACUGAGUGAUUAGUUUUAUAAUCAUUGUACAUAUGUAGCAAUAAUAAAUUGUUCUAUAGCAUAA